AUGCGGGCGCGGCCGCUGUGGGCCGCGGUGCUGGUGCUGGGGGCGCUGGCGGGCGGCGGCGGCGGAGUGUCCAACAUCUGUACCACACGAGGUGUCCGCUCCUGCCAGCAAUGUCUGGCUGUGAGUCCCGUGUGUGCCUGGUGCUCAGAUGAGGCCCUGCCUCUGGGCACUCCCCGCUGUAAUCUGAAGGAGAAUCUGCUGAAGGAUAACUGUGCCUUGGAGUCCAUCGAGUUCCCCAUCAGUGAGGCCCACAUCCUGGAGGCCAGACCCCUCAGCGACAAGGGCUCUGGAGACAGCUACCAGAUUACUCAAGUCAGCCCUCAGAGGAUUGCACUCCGGCUACGGCCAGAUGAUUCAAAGAAUUUCUCCAUCCAAGUCCGGCAAGUGGAGGAUUACCCUGUGGACAUCUACUACUUGAUGGACCUGUCUUACUCCAUGAAGGAUGAUCUGUCGAGUAUCCAGAACCUAGGCACCAAGCUGGCCUCCCAGAUGCACAAGCUCACCAGUAACUUGCGGAUUGGCUUUGGGGCUUUCGUGGACAAGCCCGUGUCACCAUACAUGUACAUCUCCCCACCAGAGGCCCUCAAAAACCCCUGCUAUGAUAUGAAGACCACCUGUUUGCCUAUGUUUGGCUACAAACAUGUGCUGACGCUAACUGACCAGGUGACCCGCUUCAAUGAAGAAGUGAAGAAGCAGAGUGUGUCGCGGAACCGGGAUGCCCCAGAGGGUGGCUUUGAUGCCAUCAUGCAGGCUACAGUCUGUGAUGAGAAGAUUGGCUGGAGGAACGAUGCAUCCCACUUGCUGGUGUUUACCACUGAUGCCAAGACCCAUAUAGCGCUGGAUGGAAGGCUGGCAGGCAUUGUCCAGCCCAAUGAUGGGCAGUGUCACGUUGGCAGUGACAACCAUUACUCUGCCUCCACUACCAUGGAUUAUCCCUCUCUGGGGCUGAUGACCGAGAAGCUAUCCCAGAAAAACAUCAAUUUGAUCUUUGCAGUAACUGCAAAUGUAGUCAAUCUCUACCAGAACUACAGUGAGCUCAUCCCAGGGACCACAGUGGGGAUUCUGUCUACCGAUUCCAGCAAUGUCCUUCAGCUCAUCGUUGAUGCAUAUGGAAAAAUCCGCUCUAAAGUAGAGCUGGAAGUGCGUGACCUCCCUGAGGAGUUGUCUCUGUCCUUCAACGCCACCUGUCUCAACAACGAGGUCAUCCCAGGCCUCAAGUCUUGUGUCGGACUCAAGAUUGGAGACACGGUGAGCUUCAGCAUUGAGGCCAAGGUGCGUGGCUGCCCACAGGAGAAGGAGAAGUCCUUCACCAUCAAGCCUGUAGGCUUCAAAGACAGCCUCACGGUCCAGGUCACCUUUGACUGUGACUGUGAAUGCCAGGCCCAGGCCGAGACUUCCAGCGACCGCUGCAACCAUGGCAAUGGGACGUUUGAGUGCGGGGUGUGCCUCUGCGGGCCUGGCUGGCUGGGGUCCCAGUGUGAGUGCUCGGAGGAGGACUACCGCCCCUCCCAGCAGGACGAGUGCAGCCCCCAGGAGGGCCAGCCCGCCUGUAGCCAGCGGGGCGAGUGCCUGUGCGGCCAGUGCGUCUGCCACAGCAGCGACUUUGGCAAGAUCACGGGCAAGUACUGCGAGUGUGAUGACUUCUCCUGUGUCCGCUACAAGGGGGAAAUGUGCUCGGGCCAUGGACAGUGCAGCUGUGGGGACUGCCUGUGUGACUCGGACUGGACUGGCUACUACUGCAACUGCACUACGCGCACGGACACCUGCAUGUCCAGCAAUGGGUUGCUGUGCAGCGGCCGUGGCAAGUGUGAGUGUGGCAGCUGCGUGUGCAUCCAGCCCGGCUCCUACGGGGACACCUGCGAGAAGUGCCCCACCUGCCCCGAUGCCUGCACCUUUAAGAAGGAGUGUGUGGAGUGCAAGAAAUUUGACCGAGGAGCCCUCCAUGAGGACAAUACCUGCAACCGUUACUGUCGUGAUGAGAUCGAGUCUGUGAAGGAACUUAAGGAUACUGGGAAGGAUGCAGUGAAUUGUACAUACAAGAAUGAGGAUGACUGUGUCGUCAGAUUCCAGUACUAUGAAGACUCGAGUGGAAAGUCCAUUCUCUAUGUGGUAGAAGAGCCAGAGUGUCCCAAGGGUCCUGACAUCCUGGUGGUCCUGCUUUCAGUGAUGGGGGCCAUUUUGCUCAUCGGCCUUGCUACUCUGCUCAUCUGGAAGCUCCUCAUCACCAUCCAUGACCGGAAGGAGUUUGCUAAAUUUGAGGAAGAGAGAGCCAGAGCAAAAUGGGACACAGCCAACAACCCACUGUACAAAGAGGCCACAUCCACCUUCACCAAUAUCACCUACCGGGGCACUUAAUGACAAGGAGUCAUCCUCAGAUCACUAUCAGGCUGUCCCAGAAUUGUGGACAUCUCUGCUGUCAUGUUUACAGGGAACGAUAUCCGUGGGGCGGGAUUGGGGGCUGGGUGCGGGGUGGUUCGGAAGAACAUCAGUCUGUGGAAGUGUGGGUUUCCGUGCGUGUGUCCAUGUGAGUGUGCUGCGUGUGGGGGAAUGUGUAAUUUAAAACUUGUGGUAUGUCCCAGGUAAGCGGAGCUCCUCAGCCGUCCACAGAAUGCCUCCUUCAGGGAUUCUUCCUGCUUAACCUGAGGGUGACUGACACAGCUGAGCAGGUGUUCUACAUUACCUCAGUGAGACGCCAGCUUUCCUUUUCCGGCCAUUUCUUCCUGAAGAGGAGGGCAGGGCUGAGCUUCCCAUUCCAGAGGAAGGGACCUUGACUCUACUUUGAGUUCACGGUUCUUGGGCCUGAUGCUCAGGAGCCCUGAUAGCAACUGCUGGGCUUGGCAGGCUUGUUGUGUCAUCUGGGCCUUUAUCUCCUUUCCCUUCCCUCAGGCUGAAGGAGAAAUCGGAGGCAAGCUGAACUUUCAGAGUUGCCUGUGCCUUUUGCCAUCACCUCAAUCCCGUAUGGUUCUCUCAUGAGGGGAGUUCUUGCUAGCAGUUCUGUGGGGCGUGAGGAUGGUAGGGCCACUCAGGGGUCAUGCAUGGCCUGGAUGAAUGUGCCACGGUCUCCCAGUUCAUCAUCAUCACCCUUCAUAUUUGUCUCAUCGGCAGC